UCAAAACAGCUCUGCCUACUCUGCCACUCUGAGGAAGCUCCUGUUAUAUUCCUUUCUCCUCUUCACGAUACCCAUCUUUCUCUACUUCUCCAUCAAACACACAGUACUUGAAGGUAUGUUCCAUGUAGCCGAACACAGUGCAACCCUGUAUGCGGCCUUUGCAGCAAUAGUAGCUGUCCAUGUGAUUCUUGGUCUCUUUGUGUACAGUGCAUUCAAGGAAGAAGAAAAACCAAAACCUGUGAAGACUGAUUGAGGUUCUUAGCCUCUUCCAUAUAUUGUUGAACUUUUUUACUCGUCACUGAUAAAGAGUUUCUGUGACUUGUCCUGCAGAACAUCCAAGUAAGAAUCUAUUGGUAUGAUGGAAGCAUAAUCAGGAUAGCUUCUAUGAGGAGAAACCCUAACAAUUUACAUUUUUCGUGAUAAAUCUGCAAUGCAACUUUUUUUCUUACUGCAUCGCUUUCUGACUUUUCAACUUUCAAGUCUCAUGCAACUUUCGAGACCAAAAUUACGACCCCUGAGUUUAGUGUUAUGAUACUGCAACAAAUAACAAUAAAGAGAAUUAAAUUCAAAUUUGAUUUUUCAUUUUUUUUAUUAAAUAAAUCAUGUACUUAAACAAAAUAACCAAACAAUGAUCUUACAACAAUCUCUUGAAGUGUCCGAUGUACAAUCCAGGGUUAUAGUUCACAGUUAUGAUAGUCCAGUAUAUAAUCCAGAUAAGAACCAAGUUGGCUGGUGAAAAUUCCUUAACCCUAAAUAGACUGGGCUAUUUCGACACCUAAGAAGACGGGGUGGGGGCUGAUUCAGCCCCCCCCCCAUGAUCUUGGCCGUCGAUCGCGAAGAAAAUUGGCACAAGCGUUACCCAUGGCAUUAUCUACAAAAUUAUUACAUCAAAUUCUGCGAAAAAUCUCAUUGCUCAUUAAUUAUGCGU